AUAAAAUCUUUAAAACAAAUAAAUAAACGGAAAGAACACAAAUACAAUGGCUUCAAUUAAUUUGACCCCCGUACCGCAGGCAUCUGGCAUUGCAGAAGCUGUACCUGUGUGGCUGAAAAUGGACUGGAGUCCAGAUAUACAACACAAUAUCUUCAGAGACUGGGGCGCAUACUACUUCAGUCGACGCAGAGAGAAUACGGCAAUAUAUUACUAUAACAAGGCAAUGGAACUUGUAAACGAGGAUUAUAUAACGCUCUUUCGACGAAGUCAAGCUCGGCGCCAGGCAGCACAGAUUAAUGGAGCAUUGAGCGAUGCCAGACUGGCUUCAACAAUGGCCAACGUAAAAAUGGGACCAAAUGCGCCCAUUAGGCUACAAAUAUGCGAUGCUCUACUUGAUCUGAACAAUUUUGAACUCAGCGAUAUGAAAUUGCAUGACAAUGCACGACAGUUUGUUGGCGCCAAGUCGAGUCUUUUCCAUAAGCGUCUCUUGGUGGUUGAAGCUAUUAUUAAGGAUGUCACUGGGCGCGCCAUGUCUCUGUUCUUCUUAAAAAACCACAAGCUGGUUCAACAGGCGUGCGAUUUGUACAAAGCUUCUCUUAUUAAAGAUACGCGUCCCAUGUGGAAGAUAUUGCGGGACCAGCAAAAAUGCGAUAUACUUAGCAUACCAGAAAUUAAGGAAGUGCUUUUGUCACCACUGGAAAAAGCGCGCCGAAGACGCGCAUUUAAUGUUAUUCAUCAGACCUAUUUAAAUGACUCCUGGGUUGAUGUUCUUUUUAUGAAAGAGUUACGUAACAAUCCCAAUUUGCUGCUAGAUCAAUGCAAGCGUUCCAAGAGAUUGCUUCAGAUACUGUCCGUUGAGAAAUAUGAUGUUGUCAGACAGUUUAUAAAAAUGAUGUAUUCCCGUAGUCCUUUUUACUAUGUGAAUUACGUAAAGUUUACAAACAAGAAAAUUUUGGAGAAGAAUAAGGAGGCGUAUCUUUUCCGAAUACAAUACCAGACACAUCGCAACAUGAUUGCAGAUCUAAAAGAGAUUCGAAAGCUGCGAAAGGAAAAGGACGUCAAGAGUCUCACGGAGUAUGUUGAGAAAAUUAUGGGCGAUUAUUAUGUGACCAAAACGAAUCGUGUCAUGUGCUGGAAAUUUGAAUUCUUCAAUGAGGUAUACAAUAAUUUAGCUCUGGCUUUAUGUGAACAGUAUCGUGUGCCAAAAAAUUUUCGAUAUAAUUCCACAUCAAUGUAUCGACUGUUGCAUUUGCCGCUGGAUAAAGCCAAAGAACCUGUACCAUUUGUUUUUGGAGACCGUUCGACAUAUCAAGAUGGUAGUUUCAAUGAUCCCACAGCGCUUAGCUCAAGGAAGCUGAUUACGCGCCUGGAAAAGCGCAUACGAUUUGCAAAAUAUUCGAUUGAGAAAUGUUAUCUACUCCAUCAGAUUGCAAGCAUUCAUUUGUCCCAGGGACGAUAUGAUGAAUCCUGUUUAAAUGCUCGCAAGGCUAUCAAAGAAACUCACAACUGCAACAGCUUGAUAUGGAAGUUCCUCAGCGUUAUGCAAAAGGUGAAGGCAUAUUGCAUGCAGAAGAAAGUGGAAAAAACUAAGGACUCCUUGGAGAAGGCUAUACCUUUAGGCGAUACACUGAAGAAUCCACCGCUGGCCAAUUUUUUGGAGGUCUGCUUGGCCUGCAGUUUGGAGGAUACUGCAAUUAAGGCAAGCUUAAUGCCAUCUCAACGCCCGAGCGCGAUGUCAACCUUAACCUCAAACUAAUUUAUAUGUUUGCACAAUUUUCGAUAUUUAUAUAUGAAGUCGUACAUUUCACUUAUGUUAUAACCUUUACACAAUGUGAUUUCCAUUUCGGAAUGCUGCACAACCGAAGUAAAACAUACAUAAAUAUAUGUUCU